CCAACGGUGUUGCCCAGUGAAAAAAAAACACUUUUCUUUCCUCUUCCUUCCCUCCCAUUUCCUCUUCAAAAUCAGAGAUCGUAGAAACCCUAGAAAAAAAAAAUGGAGGAAUCGGAACUGAACUAUGAGCAGCUUCGCCUGAAGAGGCUCGAAGAGAACAAGAAGAGAAUGGAGGAGCUUAAUCUCAACAAGCUCGCUCAGGCUCUUCGCGGUUCUUCUUCUCUGAAGCCGUCUCCGAUGAAGAGAGGGAAGCCACGAGCGCUGCGGCAGCCUGUGGACUCAUCGGCAGUCAGGAGGUCGAGCCGAAUGGCGCUCAAGCCGGCUCCGAAUUACACAGAGAAACAGGUGAACCGAAAUGUUUCUGCUCUCUUUUCUUCAUUUGAAGAAGAUUUUGGAACUUCAACGGAAGUUAGCACCUAUGCUUAUCAAAAUCUUCUCAGCCUGGGUCAGUGGGUCUUGAACCCAGAUCUUAGUUGCAUUGGAUGCUUGUUCGUCAAACUUGGACUAGAACUUCUGCAUAGGCCACGGAGAACCUACCGACGAAGGGAUUUGCUGAAUCGAAAAUAUGCUUCGGAUGAGGAGAGAGCGUAUGCUAUUGACAGGGUUAAGAAGCUUCAGUCAAACUUAGAACCAGAAUUCCCGAGCUUUGUUAAGCCAAUGCUUCAAUCUCAUGUCACUGGAGGAUUCUGGCUGGGAUUGCCAUUGCGGUUCUGCAAGGCGCACCUACCAAAAUGUGACGAAAUGGUCACUUUGGUUGAUGAAGAAGGAGAGGAGUUCCCUACAAAGUAUCUGGCCGAGAAAAAUGGGCUGAGCGGAGGAUGGAGAGGCUUCUCCAUCAAUCACGGACUCGUCGAUGGAGAUGCCCUCCUAUUUCAGCUUGUUGCUCCGACCAAGUUUAAGGUUUAUAUCAUCAGAGUAUAUAACGACGACGAUUUCUGUGCAAAUGGAGGUGAUAAAGAGAACGAGAGCGAGAAUGGAACAGAAACCAAAGAGUUGAAGGGCACGGCUAAGAGGAAAAGAAGAGGCAGAGGGAGAAGGAUGUGAAGGUUUGACAGGAAAUAACGUAGAACUAACUUCAACCAAACACUUUCCUUUUGAUGAGUCCAAGUAAUAUUGGCCCGUUAGGUCAUGACGACAAAAACUAUUUUGUGUAUUGGUUUAAGAACAAAAUUUGCAUGGCUCAAGACGAGGUGUUACGUGUGUA